AUGGAAGCCACCGCCGACGAGGGCUCCGCUGGAAAGACCGCCGCCGACGAGGGCUCCGCUGGAAAGACCGCCGCCGACGAGGGCUCCGCUGGAAAGACCGCCGCCGACGAGGGCUCCGCUGGAAAGACCGCCGCCGGCGAGGCGGCCACUCUGUUUGCAGAUUCCUCCUGGUGGGACGAGUGCUCGUCGUCUGCCGAGGCGUCCUCUGGAGCUUUCGGUGUCUCUACGCGGUCCAGUCAGCGCGCGUCGCCCUCCAAAAAACGGACUGCCUCCAGGGGGAAAUGCCCGCCCCCCGAGGAAGAUGGCCGAGAGAGUAGCGCGUCCGGAGCAGCCUGUUCCGGCGCCUCGGCCGCAAGGAAACGAAAGCUUUCUGCUGCCUCGACUGCUGACGCUGAGACUGCUGCCGCGUUCUGGGCCGCUGCUGCGUCUCAGUGGCGAAGACGGCAAUGCGUGGUUCCCUGUUCAGAGUCUGCCUCUGUCUCCUCCCGCGUCUUUGGCACUGAGGUGCGGGAACUCCCUGGAGACGACCGGCUGGGCGGAAUCUCCACUGCGCACGUGCUUCCCUGCAAGAUUUCCUUCACCGGAGAUGCGCCUGUCAGGAGACACUUCCGGCCUCAGGUCGCCUAUGCAGUCCCAGACGAGGACGAAGCACAGACGCCGGAGGCACAUGCCCCAGCCGAAGGGGGGGAGGCGGGCAACGAAGGGUCGGCGACGGCCUCUGCUUCCGGGGCUGAAGACUCCCGUGACACCGAAAAUGUCCCUCCUGUCUCGCAGUCGAAAGGGACCCUCGGCCCGGACUGUGCGGCGAGCCCCGCUGCGUCUUUGCGCACAAAGAAGACAGACACCGCGAGAGACGCUGAAAAGGCAGCUGUACAGACACCUGCGCUGAGCGACACGGCGCCGGUGGUCCUCGAAGCCCUUCUUCAUGGCCGCCUUCUUCGUGGUCUGUCUCUCCCGCUUUCUCGCGUGUCCUUUGGUUCCAAAACGCGAGGCAAACCGGAAGGACAGACGAGCUCUUCGAAGGACGCCUCAAACGAGAAGGGAUGGUUCUUGACAGAGGGAUGUGAAGGCUACGUGGUGGCAGUUGCGCAGCGACAGGAACCCGACGAGGGAGUGGAAAUCGAAGACGAUGCCUGUGAAGACGCCCCAGCAAUGCGCAAAGAACACGCCAAGGCCGACGCCCUGAAAGCCGCUGACAAAACUCCGCCUUUCGCCCCGAGAAAGGAACUCGUCCCUCUCGGCGCCCUCAGUCACCUCUGCUACUGGCAGCAAGACGCGCUGCCCAGUCCAACGGACGACAUGGUGCAGCUCUUGGCAUUCAUGCGGCUGGUGACGGCAAUGCACGACUGGCGAGAUGAGAUGCCAUCCCCCGAAGAGAAGCCUGGCGCGUGA